GCUAGCAGAGAGUACCCGGUACCGGUUUACACAGAGAUCCCGUAUAGCUAGCUACAACUUUCGUUCUCGUGCGAUAUCACGUCUACGUUACGUCAACAAAUUGAUUGGAGAUCUAAGAUUCCGACUGUUUAUCAUCGAAAUGGCUUUCUCCAGUGUGAUCAAAUCUAUUGGAAAGUCAGGCAGACAGAUCUUACGGCUGACGCACACAAACCAGACAGCUGUAUCAGUAUGUGCUGUACGAUGUGUUCACUCCAAUCACGACAGUUUCAAGUAUUCUGAGGUUCAGAUUGAGCAUUCCAAGGUGCUGAAGCCCAAGCCUGACCAGGACAACCUUGUCUUCGGUCACAACAUGAGUGACCACAUGCUGACCGUUCCGUGGACGGAGAGGGACGGCUGGAGUACCCCUCGUAUCACCCCUCUCAGGAACCUCUCACUUCAUCCGGCCUGCUCAGUCUUUCACUAUGCCAUCUGUCUCUUUGAAGGAAUGAAGGCUUACAAGGGGGAGGACGGUAAAAUUCGCUUCUUCAGACCGUAUGAUAACAUGGAACGUAUGAACAACAGUGCUGAACGGGCUUCAUUACCGAGAUUCAGUGGUGAAGAGAUGAUUCGAUGUAUGGCUAGACUCGUUCAAGCCGACAAAGAUUGGGUACCGGAUAGCAGGACUAGCUCCCUCUAUAUGAGGCCCACGUUCAUCGGAACCGAGCCAACCCUUGGUGUGAACUACCCCAAGCAUGCGCUUCUCUACUGCAUCGUGGGGCCAGUUGGGCCUUACUUCGAGACAGGUACAUUCAGCCCGGUGACACUGUACGCUGAUACUGCACACGUCAGGGCGUGGCAUGGAGGCGUCGGCUAUGCUAAGAUGGGCAGCAACUACGCCCCCACCAUCAAACCCCAACACGACGCGGAGGCCAAGGGCUGCCAGCAGAUCCUAUGGCUGUACGAAGAGGAGCACUACCUGACUGAAGUGGGCACCAUGAACAUCUUCAUCUACUGGGAUAACGAGGCGGGCGAGAGGGAGUUGAUCACCCCACCCCUCGACGGAACGAUCCUCCCCGGCGUGACCCGUCGUAGCUUGCUUGAUCUUGCCAGGGAAUGGGGAGAUUUCAAGGUGACUGAGCGCAGGAUCACAAUGGCUGAAUUCCAGAAGGCUCUCGCUGAGAAGAGGAUCGUAGAGUUCUUUGGUGCAGGUACUGCCUGCGUGGUGUGUCCCAUCGGUAAGGUCUUGUUCAAGGGAGAUAUGAUUGAUAUCCCAACCAUGGAUAAUGGAGCAGAGCUGUGCAAGAGAUUCUACAAUACACUCAUGGAUAUCCAGUACGGUAGGGUCAGCCACCCCUGGGCCAUGGAGAUCGACGAGCUGAUCGACCUCGAGCUCAGCGACGAGGAGACGACCAGCAUCAAGGUCAACUGAAUAGAAGCCCCUCCUCACCCCUGGAGGUCACUGACCUUUGAUGUCAAAGGUCGUCGAGAUGGGUCCAGUCCUUGCCACGGAUGACCGUUUGUAUAUCGAUGUAGUAACCGACUUCACCCCUGAUCCAACAUCUUGUUAUCUCAAGUGCUUCAAGUUCAGUCAAGGCUCGUUCUUAUAAUGUACUAUGCAGUUGCUUCAUGACUUGGUUGUGCAAUCUUUUUAGACUAUUUAUAUUUUCCCUCUCUGUAUUCAUGGUGAUAGGUUCCUUUAACUUUAUCGGUAAUAUUCGAUAGUUAAGGCUUUGUUUUUGCCUAGCUGCUAGGUCAGGCAAUCUUUACAUUUUCAUGUCAUAUCUUUCUUCCAAGUAUUCAGGCUAUAAUGCUUCUCUAACUUUUUCUCUCAAUCCUUCGACUACUGAAUCCUCUAAUUCACGUAGUGUUCAUACAGGGUAUACCAUGGGUUAGCGGGUAAACAAAACGUCAAAAAUCAUUGAAAGUUGCGCUUCUCAAGGUGGAGAAACGUCGGUUAACACGUCUGCUUUGGCCCUUUCUGUUUCCAAGGCCCCACACUAACUUUUUUUUGGAUGUGGGUCUCGAUUGAAAUUGUUAAAGUCCUUACGGAUGGGCCCUAUGUAAAAAAUUAAAAAAAUU